CUGGAAUCCCGAGGUCAGUAUGGCCAAAAUCUGCCCCAGGUCUUCACCACCACAAGGAGUCGCAGCCCAUGCGGAUCAGAGGGAGAUUUCAACUAUUACCACUUCGAUAGAGAAACGUUGACAUGCCUACCAUUCAAAUACACAGGAUGUGGUGGAAAUGCGAAUAACUUCAAGGAGAGUUUCAGCUGCACUAGAAACUGUAUUCCGAUGGAUUACCAUAACUGUGCUGCGAAUUCACCACCUGUGAAAAGAGCGGACGGUAGUUAUUUGUGUAACAACAAGGCAAAUUGUCCUAAAGGUUCAACAUGCAUAAAGGGUUUUGUCAUCGGGCUGUGCUGUGAUGAUAAGGAGUACGGUAACUUUCUUCAGAUGACUCUGUUUGGCAAAACAUGUGAGCAUCAAUUCUGUCCAGAAGGAGCUGAAUGUCAUCAGGGUGCAUUUUUUGCGUACUGCUGUCAGUAG